ACUAAUUUCUAUUUACUCCAUUUGGAGUUUUAGAUACAAUGUCUCUUGCUAUUAGUUCUGCUUUAGCUCGAUUUAAGCCCACUCUCAAAACUCUGUUCACUGUUGGAACGUAUAUGGGGUGUGGUGACCUUCUCACUCAGAAGAUCGCGCUGAAGAGAGAGAAGCUGGAAGCUCGCCGUGCUUUCGCUUUCUUUACAGCUGGUUUCACUUUCUCCGGGUUAGGCAAUCAUCUUGCCAAUACUGCUGCUGGAAAGCUUUUCCCAACGACCCGUUUCAAUGACGUUCUUCGUCGUACUUUGGUUCUCAACCUGCUGUUCCCUAUCACCCAGUCCAUCACCUUCCUGUCUGUGAUGUUCUGGCGCGAUGGAACUAUCCGAAAGAAUUGGAAGACCAAGGUCGUGAAGGAUCUUCCUCAGGCCUAUAUGAUCUCUCUCUUCUGUCUGACCCCUCUGUCUUUCCUUCAGGGUCGUUAUGUAGCCGGUAACUAUCGUAAGUGGACUGCUUGGAUUCAGGGAACUUAUUGGAAUAUGUGGCUGUCCGGACUCAAUCUGCCCAACCGCGAGUACCGCACGUUCGAUGAUUACUUCCGCUCUGGCAUGGCUCAGCUGUCUGGUUCCUAUGCUUACUUCUUCCUGUCGGACAAGAAGAAGAAGAAGAGCCGUAAGGAAAAGGGUUCGAAGAAGAGCGAUAAGGAGGAGGAAUAAGAGGAAUGAAUUGUUAUAUGCUAGUUGGCUUUGAAGUUUUAUUAUUGCUUGUGGUACCGCAACAGUCCUUU